UAUAUAAGGCCCGGAAGGUACGAACACUUGUAACUGACGAGAUGGAGAAGAAAAAGUAGAGUGCGUGAGGUGUCCGGUGCCUCCAUAAUUGUAGCCUUCUUUCGCUGAGGAAACUUGAUGACCCUGAUUCUAUGUCUUCUUCUUCGUCUUUCUCUGUCAUUCGUGCCGCACUUCAGGAUCUCAACGCGGCUGCUCGCCGGAGUACUUUCGGAGGAUCGUAUAACAACAUAAAACAACCCCCUUUUCAUGAUUAGGUCACCAGCUUCUCGCUGAAAAUCGUUGUCUGAUCAGAUGGCACUUGACUACUUGAUAAUUUGCCUUCUGCUGUUUUCUUCCCUAUUUAGAGCAUAUGAAGCCAGCAAUGGUGAUUCGGAUCCAUUAUAUAGGGUGUGCGUAGAACAAUGUGAGGUAACGGGUUGUGCUGGCGAAAGGUGCUUCUCACACUGCAAGUUAUCUUCGAACGCAUCCUCCGUUAUUGAUGGCCCUUGGUAUAUGCAAAAGCCUUUUUAUCUGCAGUUGAAACAAUGGUAUUGCCAGAGUGAGUGCCAGCAUCAAUGUAUGGCUGAAAGAGAAAAGGAAAAAGCUCUACUUGGUUUAGGGCCUGUUAAAUAUAAUGGAAAAUGGCCUUUUCAGCAAUUUUACUGCUUCCAGGAACCAGUUUCUGUUGCCUUUUCCGUGCUGAAUCUUGCUUUGCAUUACCAUGGAUGGGAUAAAUUUCUCUUCCACGUUAACUACAAGUUGCCGCAGAGACGUGAUAACACGCCAUUCUAUGAUUAUAGGGGCCUAUGGACUAUCUAUGCGCUCUUGUCCAUGAGUUCGUGUUUUUGGACUGCAGUCUACCACAGCCGCGACAUGUACUUGACAAGAAUUCUAGAAUGUUCCUCCGGGGUUGCUUUACUUGGAUUUUCACUUACCCUGGCAUUGAUAAGAAGCUUCGACUUAAGGGACGAUGCUGCUAGAGUCAUGGUUGCUGCUCCAUUACUCUCAUUCACAGCUACCCACAUUCUCUACCUUAACAACUAUCAGAUGGAUUCUGAUUGGAAUGCAAAAGUUUGCGGCGCCAUGGCUGUUGCACAACUCCUCAUAUGGGCCCUUUGGGCAGCCAUCAUCCGCCCCCCUGCUGCAAUGAAGCUAUGGGUGGCAGUUAUAGGAUUCGGGCUCAGGCUGCUCCUGCAGAUGCUCGACUUCCCUCCCUAUAACGGAUUGAUCGAUGCAUGCGCGCUCUGGCAUGCGUCGGCUGCCCCAUUAAUAUACAUAUGGUGGAGCUUUGUGAAGGAUGAUGCUCAGUGCAUAACUCUCACCUUGAUCAAGAAGACAAAAUAAAACAAUUAAUUAUCAUAUGCCUCUAAGAACUGCAGAAUGGUUGCUUACCUAGCUUUGCUUAUUAGCCAAUUCUCUUUUAAGGUGAUUCAAUUUUUCUUUUUCUUUUUCUUUUUAUUUUUUUGGUUAUUAGAGUAGAGUAUUGUGGCAAAGAGAACAGAGUAAGAGCAUGCAUGGCUUGGCUUGGCUUGGCUUGUUUGUAUUCUUAGCCCUACUAUCUAUCUGUCAUAUUUGGGGCCUUCGGCUAAAUUAUACUACUGCAUUGUAUUCA